AUGACUUCCUUUACAUGUCAUGAUCUAUGGUGCAUAAUCUACAAAGUUCAUUAUAGAAAAGCUUUAUAUAAUAUAAGUCAUGAUUGUGAAGUACUGAAAACUGCUGCAGAAUGUCCACUUAAUGCUAUGUACCAAGCUCAGAUGUGUACUGCCACUUUGGGUAUAGGACCACCUCAAGGUCCAACACCAUUUGUUGAAAAGGGAAAAAUUGAAAUAGCCAAGUUAUCUUGUAGAGAGAAUCGUCUAAAUAAUGCUGUUCAAUGUUUAGAAGAAAUAAUGAAUGCUUGUCAGGGAAACACUGAACGAGAACAUUUUUUACGAAUGAUGAUAAAUGUGGAAAGUAUUAAACGAAGCGUUCAAUAUUUCUGUGAUAAUUUACAUAUAUAUGAAGAAAAUGCUGAGUGUGUAGCUGAUUCUCAUGAAGAUCAAAAAAAGUGUGCUCAAGAUGUUAGAAAUAAUUUUAAAACAAAAGUAGACUCAACAUCCAAUAUGGAUGUUAUGAUGACAUCAACCUGUAGAUUUUACAAUAUAGCUGUUGGUUGUAUACAGACUAUAGUGAGGCCAAAAUGUGGCAACGAUGCUGUAGAUAUUGUGAUAAAAAUGUUGCAAGGAUUUCAACCACCAAAAUGUAAAGAAUUAGAUCUUGAACCAGGAUAUAGAGUGACAUCAGGUGACCAAGAUAAUUCAGAUAACCAAGGUUCAGAUGCUAACAAAAUAUCCCAAUCAAUCUCUGUAUUAUUGCUCUUGAGUUUUACUAUCAAGCUAUUUAUCUAA